GGUGGCGUGCACGAGCAGCAUGGGUGCAAUAAGUGCAUAUUAGGUGCGGAGUCCCAGAGGUGUUAGCCCGGGACUCCAUCGCGACUAUCCAUGAACUUAUCCCCUUAGUGCCACCAGUUGUCUCUGCUACGACCAACGGCGUCGCGUCGUCUACACGCCAACCUGCCUUUCCCCUCCGCCUCCCCAAUUGAGGUCGGUACCAAUUACAGAAUCCCCUUGCAGCAGGCUACAUAAGCAGGGAGACUACUGCCCGGUGGCACAUUCUUGAGCGCACACUACGUGUAGCUGGUUGCCUAUCAUUGUUGAUAGUUCCUGUCAUCUCACAAAUUAUUGAAUUCCUGUUCCUGUAGUUCCGACUACCCACCUACCUCAUACUUUAUAACAUGCCAGACAACCAGUCGCCUUUCGAUGUACCGUUCGACGAAUUACCAAAUCCAAAGCAAGUAUGGGUUGGAGAGCCAGGAAGCCACGAGGAAGGAUUAGGGAAGCUGGCCAUUUUGACUCCGGAGGUGGUAGCCAAGGCUGCUGCAACUGAAAUCAAGACUGGCCGGCGAGUGACAAUGGGAUGGGAACUGACCAAGUUGGAUUAUCCUAAUUUGAAUCGUCAGCCAUGUCAUCAUCAGAUCGUCCCGCUGCUGGGUGGAGUGGCCUUUGAUGAUAUCUUUACAAUGAAUCCUCAACAGAGUAGCCAGUGGGAUGGUCUGCGACAUUUCUCGCAAACAGUUGACGGCCAACCCGAGCGUGUGUUCUAUGGAGGGACGAAGGCCGAGGAGAUCACCGACCGGAAGAACGAUCGGAUCGGCUUACAACAUUGGGCGCGGGAGGGCAUCGCUGGUCGCGGGGUAUUGGUCGACUAUGCCACAUGGGCAGAGAAAAAAGGCAUAAGAUAUAGCACAUUUUCGACGCAUCAAAUCCGCCUUUCCGAUAUUGAAGAGAUUGCCAAGGAAUGUGGCAUUGUCUUUCAAAAGGGGGACAUACUUUUUGUCCGCAUUGGGGUGACCAAAGAAUGGGACACAGUUAUGACCGAUGAUCAGAAGCGGCAAUACGCUGGUAACCCGAACCCCGAGCACGCCGGGGUCGAGGCGACUACAGACAUGUUGCGAUGGCUCUGGAAUACUGGGUUCGCCGCAAUCGCCAGCGAUGCAAUCAGCUGGGAGGUUUACCCGCCCCAGUCACCUGAUGUGUUCUUGCAUGAAUAUGUGCUUGCAGGUUGGGGUAUGCCAAUCGGGGAGCUAUUUGAUCUAGAAGCACUGUCGCGAACUUGCCAAGAUCUUCAGCGCUGGUCUUUCUUUAUUGCUUCCGUUCCCCUGAACAUGCCGGGAGGGGUGUCCUCGCCUCCUAAUAUCAUGGCUAUCUUCUAAAGUACACAUGGUAUGCAGGGAUUAAUCUUUCAACAAUGCUUUGCAUCGUUGUCGGGUCACUUGCAUAUGACAAUCAUGGGGGACGGAAUACAUCUCCGAUUUCCGUGCCCGCAUGUACCUACCUCCUAUCUAGUACCUGGGAGUGGUAGCUACCUACAUAUUGGAAACCCGAGCACGGAGAUUAUCAACAUACACUCGUACAGCCAUUAUCCCAUUGUUGAGGUGAAAAAAAGCAAACAAAAAGUGGGGUACAUACUGUACAGUAAAAUGACAAAACAAAACAG